CGGAUUUCAUGCAGACAUAUGCACUUGACAAUGGAGCUACAUUUCCACCUUCAUGUCUGUUUUGACGGGUCCGUCUAUUGAAUAUUUUCGAACAAAACAGAAUAAAACGCACACCACAAGUAUUAAAUGAACUUACACCAUCGGCAACCAAGAGCUCUAUCUAAAGAAUUAUGGACUUUUGUUUAAAAAAAGCUUGUUUGUAGAAGUCAAACACUUAAGAAAUGUAAUCUUCCAAUACAUUCAGCACUUAUAACAUUCAAACAGAGUUGCUGUAUGAUUUGGAACUCAAUCCUAUUUAAUCAUUUGAUUUUAUUUAAAGCUUUUAAUUCGGAACAAAACAUGGGAAUCUUAACAGAAAAAAGAUAAAAAUCAAAACAGCAAUAUACAUUUUUUAGUCAUGAACCCUCCAUCCUUUUGAUCUCGACAAGAAGAACUUAAAGAAAAGAUAAGAUAAGAAAUAGCACUUAGCACAUAUAAUAUAAGUAUGACAAUAAAAAAACUUGUGACUAGCAGCUUCUAUUCUACCUUUACAGCAGUAUUUUUGUUCAUGAAUCGCCAUGCUUUUAUUGUUACUGAAUAUUAAAUGCGAUAUGAAUAGUCGUUAUUUAUUUGAGUUUAUAUGAUUAUACUUAUAUAAUUAUGUUGCUACUUUAUUGAACAUCCCAAUUAUCUGAAACUUUGUGGACGCAAACAAAUUUUUAAAAGAGAAACCAUAAUGCAAAAGUACCAUGAGUAAUAUAGGACGUAAUAAUUGUUUUCCUUACAUAUUCCACAUUUUUAGUAAAUGAUUUUUUCCUUAUUGCUUAUUUGUAAUUUUUUGACGGAAAUUAUUAACAUUAACACUUAUAAGUUACUUACAUCAUGGAAAACAAUUUCAAAAUGAUGAUCAUUCUUUUCUCAAUAGAAGCAUGUGUGUCUUCCAAGAAUAAUACAACAAUUUACGUAUGUGUUGGAGAAGACGUUACAUUGCCAUGUCCCCCAGCUGAUAUCAGUAAAACGGUUAGUUGGUUCAGGAAAAAUGUGUCCAAGAAUCCUAUAAUAACGUUGUACCAAGGGCUUAGAGGAAAAGACAACCAUUUGCCAUCAAACAUUGCGGUCGAUGUUACUGAGGAAAAAGGAGAAUCUAAUUUGACGAUAAAUAACUUCACUAAAGCUGAUACUGGAUCCUACCAAUGCUUGCAUGACAAGAGUCUAACUUCAUGGGUGUUCUAUCUUAUAGUGAAAGAUCAUAGGCAGGACAAUUUGGGAAGCCAAACCAACAGUAAAACUAUGGCUAGUACUAGUAAUGUUUCUACAUACAAAACAGAUCUAGAAAGUGGUAAUAUAUGUGCCUGUCGUGGAAAUCCAUAUAAUUGUGAAAACACAACUAGUUUAAGUUAUGUUUCUGAAGGAACGACAGGUGUUUUUAAAUCAGGUGAACGUUCAGAUGUAAACGAUGAUGAUGUCACAAACAUGAUGUGGUGGUAUGUAAUGUGCUGUGGGUUAGUCGCUGCUGGAUUUGCAAUUGUAUCUUGUAAAUAUUCAACACUUGAAAAAGGAAGGAAAGGUGACAGUAGACCAAGAAAGGAAAUCAUAGUGGUUUAACGAGAAUAUAUAACAUCUUUUAUGAAGAUGAUUUAUCAACAGCUGCUACUAACGAAUGUUCAAACAAUAAAAGAUGGUUGUGUACGGACCAUUUCAAUCUAUUUCCUAUAAACGCGUAGGCAAAUAAAGUACUAAAAUAAAAUGAUCAUCCAGGCUGUAUCUUUAAAUACACAGAUUUUAAAAACAAACAAUAGUAUCUGAAAUAUCAAAUAACAAAUGUAAAUCAUAAAUAAAU